AUGACGGCGUUGCUUAAUCCCCCCGGACGUUUCGUUGCCCAGCAGCGGAAAAAGGUCCACGAUUCUUCGGCGCAUAUCUAUCCUAGUAGCAGAAAAAGUGAUGAUAUGAACCGCGCAAUCACGUCUUACGUUAUCGACUUCGCCAAAAAAGAAGGAAAACCAGCGCUGCCCAGACCUUGUUCUGCCACAAGAAGAAACCGACCACAUCCAUCUCAGGUUUGUUGACCAAUUUAAUAAUCACUUUUUGUUAAAACCAUGGAACUGAAUCACAAACAGACGUAAUGAGAAACUUUCACCCCUCCGGUGGCAGUAAAAAAGAAAAUUGAAUUACCUUCCCAGUAUACGUGUGCUAUUCUUUAUCCAUAACGACUAUAAGGCAGGAAUUUUAAUUCAUCCUAAAACCUUGGCCAGAUACCUGAGUAUUUUUUUAAUGAAUGCGUCUCGGCGGCAAACCAAAAACAUUUCCAAAUUUCCAAUGAAAUCUUGAGAUACACAAAACUAAAUAUCAUCAUUGAGGAGGGCGUUAUACUCAGUUUUAGUCAGAACUCUGAAAGCCUUACGUCGAAAAAGUGGUGGGAAUAUUUUCGUAUGAAAACUUAAUAAAAACAGAUACACUUUCCAAUACUCUACUAUCAUUUAUAAUAAAGUUCGGAUAUAGCGCGCGCUGUCAUUGGUUGAAACAGCGUGCUCUAUCAGAGUACAGAACAUAGAGCAAGGCAACUAAAGCUGUAACGCCAUGUGCCAAAUUAUGUGCUAUGUCCAACCAUUUUCCGGACUUCUCUCUAGCUUUUUUUCACUCACUGAAAGUGAAAUUUUGGAACAAGGAAGCCAGGAAAUAGCAAGAGAAGAACCAAACAACGGUUUAUAAACAAACGCCGUAAUUGAUGUUAUUUUAUCGUGAAAUCUGAAAUGGACAGUUCGAGUUUUGAAGGUUUUCACACUCAGUUAGAUUGCAAGCUUACGUACGGUUAUAAAAAUCAAACACAGCUAACACUCGUGUAGUAUAUAUAAUACUUAAAAAACAACUGAAACAGAACAAAACAGGAAUAAUGAAAAAUAUAGCCAGACCGGGCAUAACUGUUUAAGCUCAUACUAAUCAUGACGGUGUCAGAGCGACUGCAAUCCUGCGUGCUGAAGUUCAUCGCGGAUAGCUCAUCAUGGUCUUCUUCGGUCAUCGUACCGAAUCAAGCCUCAGAAAUUACAUCGGCCGCCCUUCCAAUAAACAACUAAGAGCUUACUCUGAUAUCUGUUUCUCUAUACACUUCUUUCUGCGUGCCUUGCAACAGAACAGAUCACAAUCUAUUUGUUAAUUACAUAGAAUUUUCUCAACUGGCGCAUUCCUUCAAGACCACUAACGGGCCCUAAAACUUCGAACGCAGACGAAGCUUUCCUGAAUUUGUCAGUUUUGGAAACCAAGGAACGAUUUUACGAUGACUAUGUUGGCAGUUUUAGUAAGUGUGCUUCUCUUUUGGAUGAAAGAUUAAAACGCGUUCUCUGCAGUAGUUUAACAACCUUUGUAAACUGCUGGUUGAUGAUCUGUUAUGUUGUAGGGGAGGGAGUCUCAGAUUUGGAAAAGCAAGAGCUUUGUGAGGAAGUUGGGCCUAUUCCUCCUUGUCGUCUACCAAGUAAGAUCAGAACCUGAAAAAGGCUAUUGUAUUGUUGUUAUAAAAUUACCUCACGUUCCUACUUAAGAAGCGAAAUUCGAAAAAAAUCAUUUCCGCGAAUUUAAAGAUAUCACUUUCCGUUUGGUAACAACGCUUUAUUUUAUAGGACAUAGGCUUCUUCAAAGAGCUGGCCUACAGGACAAACUAAACGAGGAACGCCGUUGCCCUCGCAGGGUGAGAGGUGUUGUAAUUCUAAAUAAAAACAUACAAUUGCUGACUUUUAUUUCUCAUGAUAAAUAUUAGCUUUAACUUUAGAGAUACUUCUGGCUGUCUGAAAAGGAAUGUUUUUGUAAAAAAUCCAUUAAAGAAAAAAAGAGGCUAGAGUCCUAGAACUCCGUAGAAAAUAAGUAACUCUGAAUCUUUUUAAAAUUCCGAAAAAAGGGUAACAAAUUUGCGCGAACAAAAAUGAAAAACAACUAACUAAACUCCGUGAAAACAAACAGCAAAAGUACGCAAAAAAUGACCACAUCAGUUUCCCAUGCCAAGGCUAGAGUUCUUUGACGUGAUUGGCUAAUUAGUGAAUGCAAAAGAAUACAAAGGGGGAGAGGAAGAGAAAAGUUGUAAUUUGAAAUUGGAAAACAAGAGAUUUUCGAAAGUUUUGGCUUCUAAGGCCCUUUAGUCUGAACUGCUUCGACAAUGGUUUUCCAGGUGGUUGGUUGAGUUAAAGCGCAGUUAUUGCCGUUGGAACUCGGGUUGCUUAAGACCGCUGAUUGUGUUAGGCCCUCUGACAUUAUCAUCAUUGUUGGUAGUAAAAGUCACCUUGUGAGCACAUAGGCUCAUCUGGCCGAAGUUUUUACCGGUUCAAGUUUCAUAAAACUUGACUGUAAGCGGCAAGGGAUACUUUUCCUGCACCGGUAUCUCAGAUGUCAUGCGUUAAAAUCCCCUACAGGUCUGAAUUUUUUUCAGGCCUUACUUUCACUACUUCUAUAGUUGUGUUCACUACUGAGAAGGUCGCUUCCAUACUCAAAGGGAUGCUUUUCUUUCCUCCAGAUGAGAUUCAAUCCUCUAGCAUUUGUAUUACUAUCCUCUAGCAUCUGUGUUUUCGUGGUUCCCUAGGAAUCGGUUGGUACUCAUGCAUUGAUACUCUAAACUGUGGAGAGGCACUGAAAGCGCAAAGUGUCUUGUCCAGGAACAGGACAUAAAUAUCUCACCGGAUUACAGCGCAGUAACCAUAAGUCAACCACGCCUAUCACAAAAAUAAAAAAAAUUAUGAGAACGUUAAUUUAAGUCAACAACUCCUGCCUUCCAUUGCCUUAUCUUAUAAUUUUUAUCGAAACUGGGGUUAACAUGUGUAUUAUUUUCCAGCGCACGAUGCGACCUCUGUGUAUUUCUAAAGACGCAGGAAACGAGUAUGAUUCUCUAGUCUCCAGGGCACCCACAAAAGGUAAGACUUGACCAAAUUAAAGAUGAAUUAAGUCUUCUUUCUUUCAUUGUCAGGUGGGUGAUUCUAGUGGCUAAGCAACACAAGCUGUAGGCAAAGUUUUUUUUUUUGGCAAAAAAAAUCGAUCUUUUUGAAAAGGUUAAGCUAGUGGUUCCCAUAUCAAAUUCUCGUCCUCGUUCCUCACUAUGCCAAAUCCGUUCUACGCUCUUCAAGUCCAACUAUGUCACUGCUAAGUGUGAUACAAACUCGCCUGAACGCUGGCUUGAGUAUGAAACAGUAGAGCCUCUAUUGGAUAUUUCUACUGAAAAGAGUAUCAAUAUCGAUCAAGAAUAUCAGUUGAUAUUGUUUUGACGUUUCAUGUUAUACCACUCGAGCUCACAAGCGUAUAUACCUGUUAUACAUUUUAUGUCACGUUAUCUCUUUCCUUAUUUUUAGAAAAAAACAUUAUAGAGAGCUGUUUAGACGCUGGAGAUAUCGGAUACAUGGGAAGGGUAAAAGAUUAAUCAUUACGCUCUCAGUUGUCUUUUUUGCUUUGAAUUUUAAAAUCUUAUUUAAUUCUUAAACCUUCAUUCAUUUUAUUAGACAAGGUUUGAUGCUGCUGGUUUAAUAUUUUGCUAAUUAAUUUAUCAGUAACGCUUUAAAAAAUGAUAAUAGCAAUAAUAAUGAAAAUGAUAAUGACAAUGGUUGCAACAUUAAAAAUGAUAAUCUGAUAAUAAUAAUACUAAUAAAAAGAAUUUUCCGCAGAACUUUGGACACGUUGUUCGCCCGGAGGCGAUACCUGCCAUACACCAGUGGCUAAAGUUUCAAGAUGAGACAGGUGAUGACUGAUUUCCUUUAUUUAUUUAUUUAUUUUUUUCCGUUUGUUUGUUGGUUUUAUUUUUCUCAUCUUCUUUUACGGGUGGAAUAGCGACGAUUAUAAUACCCGUGCUGCAAUACUUAGCCUUCCUUGGCAACUAACUCGAAGGAUAACGGUCGCCUCGCGAUUUUUUUUUCUUCAAGAAUUUGAUUUAUAAAUCAAUUAACAAAUGAGACCCCGUUAGCGUUUUAAAUUGAAACGCCAAAGCAAGUGGACCCUUAUUGAUUUUGAUUGGUUCAGCAUUUGGGCGGCUCGUGUUCAGUUUCAGCUAAGCACGAAUCGGAAUAAAAUCUACUGAGGCAAAAACACAGCAAGCUGAGACAAUUUUUCAAUUCAGUCUCAAACUUGGCUCGCUGAAAGUGUAAGGGCUCGCUACACCCACUUGUGACACCCUCACCCUGCUAAGAGCCUUGAAUUCUGGCCUAGGGCGGCAUCACUAGACCUUUUAUACGAAAACCAAGAAAAUGAUCAGGAAGCUCUGAGGAUGAAGAAAAAAUUUAAAAUCUGGAGAUCCUUGCAAUGGCCUUGCCUUUUUACCUUUCAGAUCGCGAUGUUGUAUUCAGGUUUCUUAACAAGCUGAAAAGAAACUCAUCGUGCCGUCAGGAUUGGGAGAUGGAUCAAAAAUCUUGCAAAUUGCCGAACUGUAUCGACAAGAACAGGACGGCAGAGUUAUCCAGGUAGGUUUAGUUAGGAGACCUGAAAAGGAAAGUCCAGAGUUUAGAAGCCGAGUCGUCUUCAGUUUGAGAAUGUGCAUGUCAGAGGGGAGGGUGACUACACAGGAUGAAAAGGAUGAAAUCGAACACGAAACAUACUUCCUAAGGAACCGGUCAAAGGUCAUUAUUUGUCACCUGGGGGAGGAGGGUUGGAAGAUUUUGGCCGUGCCACGAUGACAUGUACUGAUCCCCCAUUAGCUCUGUAACAUUCUUAUGACCCCCCCCUCCCUCAGUGGCAAUGAACUGGCAAUGGACUUUCUUUAAUCCGACCCUUUACUCUGUUGGUGACGACCGAUUCUCCCUCCGUUCCCCCUGAAAACCAGAUGGUCCCCCAAACAUUCCUCCACCCCCCGUUUCCCCUCCCCCACCCCCGCAGCGAUGCAAACAGCUACGCACUCCAUUCCUGAUGAGGUUUCUGGUCUAUGGUUUAUCAAUUCUUCUGGCCUCCUGACUGCUGUUUUACCAUCCGCACGAUUCUAUGCUGAACCUUUCUUAGGAUUUUUGCUUUUAUUUUUAUCUCUAUCAGGGCUGGUCGAAAUGCGAUUAGCGAUCACAUUCGCCAAAAGCUGUCAAAAGACAAACAAGCAGUUAAAUGCCCAACCCUGACGAGGAGCAAGAAAUCCAAAGGACGUUCCAUGAAUGCCACCGGAGACUUCAUCACAAACAAGAGCGCAGUGUUCAUGCAGCCCCAUCGACGUCUCCCGAGCCAUUUUGAGAUCCAUCCCGAGUUUCAUUAUGUUCCUGCCAAGUGA